AUGGGUGAGCGAAGUAUUAUAAAUAAGCGAGUUGGUUGCGACUUUACUUUUAGAAUUUUGAUUCUCAGCUCCACAAGCCUGCGCAAUUUUAGAGAACUUUAUGCUUCACGUCGAAUCAGGGAACGCAUAAUGACAGACAAUAUUAGCCUUAACUUCCGAAUUCACGUAAAGAAACGAUUGGCAUCCCUAACGAACGGCAUUCCUUCGACUCAAAUCAAUCUUCAAACAAUGGAUGAAAUGAGAAUGAAAGCAAUGACAAAGAUUUCUAAAUAUCUCAACGAGAAUAUCAAUGAAGAUGAAAUUCAUGUUUUAUACAGUGACCCUCGAUACUAUGAAGUUAUCCAUCAGCAACGCAAGACUUUCUCGUGGCCGGUUGAUAUCAGUACAGUGACCCUCGAUACUAUGAAGUUAUCCAUCCUCAAAGUCCUCCCUUUUCCGCAGGAUACAAAGCCUGACGAUUUAACCCUACGUUUCGCCAAAGCUGAUGAAAAGAAUUGUGAAGAGUUAGGUUUGGAAGACGAUGCCACAUUUCGGCAAUAUCUCAAGUCUUGUGCCGUGCAGGCGUUCUUCACUCUCAAAGUACAAAUCGAUACUGUGCAAAAACCAUUCUCCGAUUGGAAACUCGAUAAGAACGAAAGGGGAAUUGACACCUUGCGGUCCAACAGGAAAAACAGUAUUCCUAGACAAGUUUCAACCGAUACCAAUUAUUACGGUUUACGAUGCUUGGUGUCUCCUUUGGAGUUACGCGCAUCGGCCCUCAAAGAAGAUGACAGUAGAGGAGCAAAUCAAAUAUCUAUACGAGAGUCAAGAACGCUUAGCACAGAGUAUAACGAUAGUACAGCCAGAUCUAAUAUUGCGUCCGGCAACAGUCAACCUCACAUACUCAAAUCAAGUAUCGAAACGGAAAGGCAAAGAUGUGAAAUUCAUGAUGGGUUCGUCGAUUCGUUGCCAUCCAACAGUGAGAAUGGAGGUAGUAAAUACAAGGACGGAGAAAAUACAGAUAUUAAGUUGGGCAAAGAACGUGAAGGAUGUCCUAACACUGGAAUAAUUGGAAGAAUGCAGGCAUCCUUUGGGAAACUGCUCAGAAUCGGUUCCCUGGGAGGCGAUGGUUGGAAAAAGAUUGUCCCCGGGAAAACGUGUCGCCUUGUACACGCGGACUAUCGCUUUACCAGUAAAGGAAAAUCAAUUACCGAAAAUCCUACAACCAUGUCUCAAGUGCAAUUAUGUGAAGGAAAAAAUGGAAGAACGUCGCGUUGCAACGAUUCGCUCAUCUUAGUUGAUGCAUUUAAAGAUAAUUCUCGUAUUGUAACCUUGGUUAAUUAUGAAGUUCUUGAUAACAAAGUAUGGAAUGAUCUUUUAGACUGUUAUGGUCGUGUUUUUUUAUGGGAAAAUGAGAGUCAAACGUUAUGGCCACUUGGUGAUUCUCCCGAAAAAGCAUCGAAACGCAUAGUUAAAGGGGUAGAUCAGUUGUGUUGGUUUGAAGAUAAUGGAACUGUAUAUGAGCAGAUUACGAAAUGGGAAGAUUAUUAUUAG